UACUGUCUGUCUGGUCAAAAAAUAGCUCCAACUGCCUGCUGUGUGCAACGAAUAAUCCCCCACCACCACCACACUGUCCUCUCCCCUGUCCAACCGAGCUCCAGUCGCUGUUAGUCGGCUUGUUUUGAAUUAUGAACUCCUGCACAGGACGCAGCUUUCGACAUUUUUCCACGGAGAUGGAUUUUGCACAACAAUUACCGUGUUUUGCACAAAAGCUAAACCGGCAGGUGAAGACUGCAAACUGAAGAUAACACCAGUCUCGGUUGCAUAAGCUACAAAAAAAAAAAGAGCAAUGGCGAGCUUCCUAAGCACGGAUGAUUCAUCUCCAGCGGCUCUCACGGAUCUGUGCCUGACCUAUGUGAGCCAGAAUCUGGAGUGUUUCUGCGUGAAGCGCCCUGAUGGCUCCCUGUGCUUCAGAGAGGCUGUGCUCUUCCCACAGGAGCUGGCUGACCAGCUGCUGGCCAAGAUGGCCACUGAAGGUCCGCUGAAUGACAGCACAGUGGGUGUGUUUCGUAACUGUGAAUACCUGCGGCUGAGACGAGCCUGCAUCCGUUCAGCUCGAAUCUCUGCAGAGGCUUUCCAGAAAGCCCUCUGCCCGCACAGACUGCUGGAGCUGGACGCUGCCAGAGUCAAUGCAGACCUCACUAUUUCUGAUAUUCUACAGGGACUGGCCACCAAUAAAUAUUGUCAGGAGUCCCUCCAGCGACUCGUCUUAACAGGUCUAACGAUGUCCUCGCUGGAGGAGCCAAUCCGUUAUCGCUUCAGCUCCCUGCAGGGCCUCCGCUCCCUCUCUCUAGCCAACGUAGACUUCUAUGAUUCUGGGCUUGUCGACGUGUGUUCCCUGCCUCGCCUCGAGAGCCUCGAUCUCUCCAACACCUCAGUCACCAACCUGAGCCCGCUGCUGGGCCUGAAGGAGCGUCUGCGGUCGCUAACACUGCACCAGCUGAAAAGGCUGGAGAUGAGCACGGCUCAGCUGCUCGGCGUCAUCGGCCAGCUGAAUGUACUGCAGCACCUGGACAUCAGUGAUGAUAAGCAGUUUACAUCUGACGUGGCUCGUCAGCUGCUUGGACAGCCUGGGAUCCUGCCCGCUCUUGUUUCCCUGGAUGUGUCGGGGAGGAAACAGGUGACAGAUGCAGCUGUUAAGGCAUUCGUUGAGGAGAGGCCAGGGAUGACCUUUAUGGGACUUCUGGCCACAGAUGCUGGAUUUUCUGAUUUCCUCUCCGGAGAAGGGAAUCUGAAGGUAACAGGAGAAGCCAACGAGACGCAGAUCUGCGAGGCACUGCGUCGCUACAGUGAGAGGGAAGGUUUUGUGAGAGAAGCUCUGUUUCAUCUGUUCAGCCUGACGCACGUCAUGGAAAAACCCAGGCCUGACAUCCUGAAGCUGGUAGUUUUGGGCAUGAAGAAUCACCCCGCCACUCUGAAUGUCCAGCUGGCGGCCAGCGCCUGUGUGUUCAACCUGACGAAGCAAGACCUGGCGGCAGGAAUGCCGGUGCGACUGUUGAGUACCGUCACUCAGCUUCUACUGGAGGCCAUGAGGACAUUCCCCAACCACCAACAGCUGCAGAAGAAUUGCCUGCUGUCUCUGUGCAGCGAUCGCAUCCUGCAGGAGGUUCCAUUCAACAGGUUCGAAGCUGCCAAACUGGUGAUGCAGUGGCUCUGCAACCACGAGGACCAGAACAUGCAGAGGAUGGCUGUCGCUAUCAUUUCCAUACUGGCUGCCAAGUUGUCCACAGAGCAGACGGCUCAGCUGGGUGCAGAGCUGUUCAUAGUCAAGCAACUGCUCCACAUUGUGCGUCAGAAGGCCACUCAGGGCAUGGUGGACGCCACCCUCAAAUUCACACUGAGUGCACUCUGGAACCUCACUGACGAGUCACCAACAACCUGCCGCCACUUUAUCGAGAACCAGGGCCUGGACCUGUUUAUUAAAGUUCUAGAGUCCUUCCCCAACGAGUCUUCCAUUCAGCAGAAGGUUCUCGGACUCCUGAACAACAUAGCAGAGGUCGGGGAGCUGCAUGGAGAGCUGAUGGUGCAAGGAUUUCUGGACCACAUCAGCACUCUGCUGCACAGCCCAGAGGUGGAGGUCAGCUACUUCGCCGCAGGCAUCCUCGCACACCUGACGUCACGAGGAGAGGAAGCCUGGACGCUCAGCCCUGACCUUCGAUCCUCGCUGUUAGAGCAGCUGCAUGCUGUCAUCAUAAAGUGGCCCCCGCCUGAGUGUGAAAUGGUGGCCUACAGGUCAUUUAAUCCCUUCUUUCCCCUACUGGAGUGCUUUCACACCCCCGGUGUGCAGCUGUGGGCGGCCUGGGCCAUGCAACAUGUCUGCAGCAAGAACGCCGCCCGCUACUGCAGCAUGCUAUUGGAGGAGGGAGGCCUGCAGCAGCUGGAGCUCGUUCACACACACCCACAGACCCACAAAGACGUGAAACAGUUGGCAAAGAGCAUUCUGGAGAGCCUGCAGAACCACAGAGCCCGCACCGGCCAGCCCGCACAAACACAGACAAGUCGGCGGCCGCCACAACAAUAACCUCACAGAG